AUGCCUGAUACCAAAGAAACUCCCAAUGAGACUCGCAAGCUACGUGCAGCAAAUGCUCAAGUGAAGAGACAAAUAGAUGAUCUCAAAGAGCAACCAAAAGAUUCUAGGUGUCACCACCACUGUAGAAAAUGCUCGAAAAGUGAAUCAAGAAUCAAUAAAGGCAGGUUAAUAUGCUGUUUAGUUACAUUGUUCAAUAAUGUUGGAGACUUGGUGCAGGAGAAUGACCGUUGGUCCUUCAAGACCAAUAAUGAUGAAGCUGAGGGUGGGUUUGAAUCUGCAGAAGCUUACACAGAACUGGUUUAUUACAUGCAGGAGGUCAAGGAAAAGCUGGUUCUUAAAGACCAAGAACAGCUCAGUAUCAUCCCUCCUCUUAGUUCACAUACUAAGGACAAUAGAGGGUUCAAACACAACAUGACAGGCAAAUUACUUUGUCCUGUCGGAUAUGACUGGUCUUAUGAGAGAUUUUUGGGUGACAGCUGA